AUGGACGAGAAUAGAGCACGCCGUCACUGCACACCUUCGAAGCUCGGCCGAGGAGCCGACUUCAUCAGCGCCCUCCCGACGGACCUGCUUCUCCAGGUCCUUGUCCGCCUUGGCUGCGCCCGCGCCGCCGCACGCACCAGCAUCCUCUCCCGCCGGUGGCGCGGCCUCUGGACCCGCCUCCCCAAGCUCACCUUCCGCGACAUCACGUCCGGCCCGCUCCUAGCAGCUCUCUCCUCGCUCGGACCUAGUGGCGUGCCCCUCUCCCUCCUCGACAUCCACAUCCCUGAACCACAGAUCAAGGUGCAUGUCGACCGCGGCCCUAGAUGGGCCGGCGGCCGAGCGAGAAGACAGAGUUACCGAUUACAACCCCUACAUCCCACCAACCAGGUCACCAUGCUGCUCCGCGCCGCCGGGAGGCUCUCGCCGGCGGCGUUCCGCUUCAGCCACCCGCACGAACUAGAGAACCCGUACGUCGACGUGGACCUGUCCAGCUGCUUCCACCACGCCACCUCCAUCGAGCUCGACGCACGGUUCAUCUGCUUCCCCCACCCACGGUCGGGGUUCCCCGCGCUCGAGAGUCUGUCGCUCUCUGGUUGCGUUGUCAUUCUCGCCGUCGUGGUACCCCUCUGUCCGCGCCUGCGCGUGCUCAGGGUGCCUCGCGCUUACCUCCAGGGCGAAGUUAUCACCGUUCGCUCGGCGUCGCUACAGGAGUUCUUCGUGGAGAACGAUAUCGCCGGCGCAUCAACGAGACGUGUGGACAUAGAGGCCCCCACGCUAAAGCAAUUGACCAUGUUGUUCCGCAACAGUGGCGACCUCAGCGUCUCUGUUCUGGCACCAGAUUUGGAAAAGGUCUCGUGGCGGUGCAUCUAUUCCGGCGUGAGGGUUGGGAUUGGUGUUUGGGGCCUCUCCGGAGUGAGUUUACAGACCAAGGAGAGAAAUGGACAGGGGCUUCUCCCUCCCGUCCAUAUCUUUUACUUGCUGACUAUAAUGUCCUUUCCGAAAAUUGUUUUAGCGGCAUCAACGUAA